UGUGCCAAUGCUGGUAGCGUUCCUGGUAGACCAUAGCCGACCAUAGUUCCUGGUCAGCGCCUGCCCUGGUUAUCUACCACCAGUUCCAUCGUAACAAACGGGCAUUACGCUACGAACUUUGAAGCAGGCAAGAGUGUGCAGUUUAGAAAUGGCACACCUCACAAUCAGCAGCUUGGGCUCGUCGAGGGAACGGUCGCGUCAGGGCAAGUGGCGAAUUCUCUCAAAAUGGGCGGCGUCGAGAUCGUCGUCGGGCUCGUCCCUCAGCUCGUCCAUAUUGAAAAUAAGCGACCAAGAAGAAGACGACUUGUGUGGCCCUACAGAGCCGCAACUACACCGGCCACGGAGCGCCGUCAGGCAAAGUGUGCAAAGAAAACGACAAAGCGAAACUAGGCCGUCGUCAGGAACGCUGCUUCGGACCUCAUCUGGUGACAAGUCUGCAGAGCCGCAGCAUAAUACUCCAGGGCCAUCAGGAAGCCAGUCGUUCUGGGGUACCUCUUAUCAACGUGGCGAGGACAGUUCGAUGCAUCGCGGUCCCGUGGGCAGUCCAGGACCGUCAGGACUGCAGUCGUUCUGGAGUCGCCGUGAGGACAGUUCGGUGCAUCACAGGGCAUCGUCGGCUUCCUCAGCACGAGCCAGUGCUCCCAUCGCCGAGAAAAGUGCGCCCAAAGUAGAGCCUCCUGACAGGUUCAGCGGCGCAAGACAGCCAGAUACUAGUUUGCAGCAUCCUGCCGGAAGUCAGCCGAUGCGGAGCGCUGCGAGCACACCUGGCCGUGAAGAAGCUGCCUCAGAACCCCGUGAUAAACGUUCUCCGACUUCAACGAGCAGCAAGAACGAUAAGUCUAGGGCAAAACCCGUUGUCCGAGUCGACAGAGCAGCGCAGGGGCGCAGGUCGUCGCCCAUUUCGCGGCCGUCCAACCAACGAAAGCUGGGCACGGCAGUGAGAAGACCAGUAGGCUACAGAGCACUGCAGGAAAUUGCGCGGUUUAGAUCCAGUACGCAAACUCUAAUCCCGCGGCUUUCAUUUGCGAGAGUGGUGCGCGAGAUCAUGCAGUGCCAUGCGACAGGUGGUCACGAUUUGAGAAUACAAAGACUGGCCCUUGAUGCAUUGCAGCAGGGCAGCGAAGCAGUCCUUGUGGCACUUCUCGAGGGUUCGAACUUGAUAGCUCACAGUGCUCGCCGUGUCACCAUCAUGCCGAGGGACAUACAGACACUGCUGACCAUCAUAAGAAAUUACGGAAGCCUGCAGCAGUCCCUUACUGAAAGACAUUAAUUUUUAUUUAUUUUACUUGUUUAUAGUGAUGCAGAAUGCAUUAUGACAUGUCAUUGGUACAGAAUGUAUUAUAAUGAUAAUAAAUAUUAGUUUAUUGGGUGUGUAUAGCCUCUUGGAUGUGAGAGUUAAACUGA